ACAACACAUCGAACUCGUCAACAACCUAUGCCGCAACAAACAUUACAACAAAAUUCCCGUAAUCUUUCGCUUUCACUUCUAAUUUGAUUAUUUAUUUGUACAACGUAAGCUUCGCAUUCUCUCCCAAAAACUAAGCUUGUCUAAAGCACCCUUGUUUGUUGUUUGCUUCCAAAUUUUGCAUUCUUUGGUGACCAAUUGAGUAGUUAAUCUUUCAUUUUCUUCUAUCUGAUCAACGUUGGGUUGUACCCCUUUUGACUCCUCUUCAAGCAACCCCCUUUCUAUUGAUUUUUUUGUUCCUUAAGUUAAUUACUAUGUUGGAUACUGGGUUAUUCCCUUUGAUUCGCUCUAAUCAGCUUCAGCUCAGAACUGGGUCGUUGAAUUUGAGUUGAAAAGCUUCUGUUUUCGACAUCUCGGGAAUGAGAUUUGACAUGGUUCCCAGUGAAAGAUUCAAGCUUUGGCUAAGAAUUGCACUUGGGUGGUGGAUUUUUCUACUGUUUCUUCCCUCUGUGACUGGUCUCAGACCCUUACGGGAAAGAACUCGUUCUUGGGGUGAUGAGUGGCUUACAAGAAAAGAUGAGACUGAUAGUGGUCCAUUUUCACAAUGGAACAUAACUGGAACUUAUAGAGGGAGUUGGAAGUUUUCAGAUGCCGCAAAUGGCUCUUCCAGAUUUCCAGACAUCAGAAAAACAACUGGUAAUUCUGUAAUUGAAUUAGUUAGUACACCAACAAAGAUAACUGGAGUACAUUACGUUCAGGGGGUUAUUAUAUUCCAUGAUGUGUUUGACAAUGAAUAUAAUGUUGGUGGUGCCCAGAUCAGAGUGGAAGGUGUAUAUAUAUGGCCUUUUAGACAGCUUCGAAUGGUAGCCAACAGUGGAAAAGAGGGAGAAUUGAAUCAGGAUGGAGAUUAUAUUCUAUCCAAUCCAUACCAUCUGCUUGGAGUUUUCUCAUCUCAGGUACUGCAAGAUUCUUCCCGAGAUAAGAUGUGGAGAAAGAAACAUUCUCCAAUGCAUGACAUGGAGAAACAUUGUAAUAUUGAAAUUGCUGCACAGCUUUCACGCUUACCAUCAACCAAAAAUGAAGGAGAACAUGAUCGAUUUCACCUCGAAGGUUUGAUGGAGAGUCCCUCCACGGAUGAUGAUGGGGACUGUUUCUCACCUUUACUGUUAAAUACAACUUCUGUCAACAUUGAGGUGUACUAUAACAAAGCAGUGAACUAUACCUUGAUGGUUACUUUUGUUUCUUUCUUGCAAGUUCUUCUACUGAUUCGUCAAAUGGAGCAUAGCAGCACUCAAUCUGGGGCUGCAAAGGUUUCAAUAUUGUUGAUUGGCCAGCAGGCGAUAAUGGAUGCUUAUCUUUGCCUUUUACAUCUGACUGCAGGAAUACUAGUUGAAUCCUUGUUUAAUGCUUUUGCAACUGCUGCAUUUUUCAAGUUCGUUGUCUUUUCAAUAUUUGAGAUGAGAUAUCUCCUCACCAUCUGGAAGGCAAAUAGGCCUUUGAGUAGCGGAGAAGGUUGGGAGGCAAUGAGGCGCGAACUUUCCGUCUUAUAUAGCCGUUUCUAUGGAAUCCUGUUAGGAGGCAUUCUCCUCAUGUACGAGUUCCAUCACCAUUUGAGACCUAUUCUUCUUCUUAUAUACUCCUUUUGGAUACCUCAGAUAAUCACCAACGUUAUCCGUGACUCGCGCAAGCCGCUGCAUCCUCAUUAUAUCCUCGGGAUAUCUGUUACUCGCCUAGCAAUCCCGCUAUAUGUUUUUGGUUGCCCAAACAACUUCAUGCGCAUACAGCCGGACAAGAGCUGGUGUGUUUCAUUGGCUGCAUUUAUUGGACUUCAAGCUUCAGUUCUUCUUCUGCAGCAUUAUCUCGGCUCACGGUGGUUCAUCCCUCGCCAGAUACUGCCUGAGAAGUACAGCUAUUAUAGGAGGUUUAAUCAAGAUGCAAGACACGCUAUGGAUUGUGUUAUUUGCAUGACAUCCAUUGAUCUUAAUCAACGGUCUAAUGAUUGCAUGGUGACACCUUGUGAUCAUUUCUUUCACUCUGGUUGUCUGCAAAGAUGGAUGGAUAUAAAGAUGGAGUGCCCAACUUGCCGGCGCUCGCUACCGCCUGCAUAAAGUGAUUUUUCGUCUCUUAUUUCAAUAGGACCAACAACUGACCCUGUUCAACUUGAUAGAUACUUCUGGAGUUCUGGUAACAUGCUUAGGCCGUAGUUACAUCCAACUUCUUUACAUUGUUUUGCUUUCAAUAUUAGGUGGCAGAAGUGAAGGUUUAUUAAGUUUUAUUUUUGUUACACCAACACACCAUGUAAGCUAACUACGAUUGCCUCACAUGGGUUUUAUGUUAACCCUUUCUUUUUCUUAUAGAAAUUUUGUAACUUGAUUUUUCCACCAUAUUCCAGAUGCUGAGAGUAUGGUUUAUGUAAAGAAAAAUGUUAAGCUGCCAACAUUUUGUUAGAUCAAAUGCAAAAUAAAUCCAAAAAAGGUAUUAAUCUUCUAA